UUCUGUUAUAGCUAUAGUAUCGAAUGGAUUAUAUUUCAGAGUAUAUUUUAGAUCAUCUAUCUUAAUUGGCUGGUAACGAACUGAUAUUGAUUGACACAGAUAAGCAUCAAACAAUCCGCAAUAUGAAUGUGAAUGACAACGAGAAGGAUACCAAGGUAGAGAAAGAAAUCCCAACAGACUUGGCGAAAUGGGCACGGGCACUCCGAGAAGAAAGCAAUACUGACGCACUCGAAGCUAAAUACGAUGAUUUUGCUGAACAAUAUGAUAAGAUGAAUGCCGCAUUGAAGGGCACUGGGCCUGUUUUGACUGCUGACGCCCUCACCCGGUUGGUAACGAAUCGAGAUGUGAGAAUACUAGACGUAGGCUGCGGCACUGGGCUUGUCGGUCAACAGCUCUACGAUAACGGAUACCGUGAUAUACAUGGAGUAGACAUGUCAGCUGGAUCAUUAAAGGUUCUUGAAAAGAAACAGAUUUACUCGAAGCUAGUAAAGGCUAGAUUUGAUCCUAGCACACCUCUCCAAUAUGCCGAUGGUUAUUUUGACGUGAUAAUAAGCGCUGGUGUUUUUGUACCGUGUCAUCUCACUCACGCCUGUCUUCCAGAGAUUAUUCGUCUUCUCAAAGCUGGAGGACAUAUUCUCAUCACCACGAGGAAAAACGUCUUUGAUGAGGAGAUGGCAGGCAUAAAGCUGAAAUCAUCCUUUGCCAGUCUGACCAAAGAUGGAGUACUCGAGAAGAUAUCACACGAGGAGAUCGGUUAUGCGACUGAGAACGAUGAAGUUACUCCAGGCUUGAUAUUAUCGUAUAAGGUCCUACAGCAAUGAAGGAAAUAUGAUAUGCAUGGGCGUCUGUUGCGGCACAAAUUGUCGACGGCGACAAUUUGCGCCGAUUUUUGCAAAACCUGACGGCACAAAUUGUCGCCACCGGUACAAAUUGUCGACAAAGCACAUUACAUUGAAUUACGAUCAAAGUUCAAAGCCGUAAGUGGCAUAACUUCAUAUCAAGCAUCAAGACACAGUAUGCAUACACACAAACAUACGGUCAAGGUCAUUUUAAGUAUGUGCGCGUGCGUGCGUGUUUGUGUGUUCGUGUGUAAUAUUUGUUCACUUUUACUGCAUAUAUCAUUGCCAUCUUAUUUUAAAUGCUUGAAUUAGUGCUGAAACGAAAACAUGUAUUUUUUAUUUCAGUAGAUUACUCAGAAGGUAUUUUAAAGCAAAGUCUACAAUAUUCUCAUGAAAAUUGUAUGUAAAUUUCUUGUAUGUAGGUUUUCUUUUACCACAUCUUUAUCUACAGGUUGAAUUACUUGAACUUGAAUCUUCUAUAUUUUCCUGAUUCCUGUAUUCUAGAACAUAUUCAUCUACUUUAUAUAUUCUAAAGUAUCUAAUUGUCCCUUAAUAUUCCAGCAUAGUUUAAUGAAAAAAUGUUGUUGAACAGUUUUGAAUCGAGAUUUUACUCAAAACAUGUUUUCAACAUUAACAAAUUUUUGAAUUCCAGAAAUUCCAAAAGACGGAAAUUGGAGUAUCAUAACAGCUGUAAAUUUUAAUAUUUGGUUUUAGCAGGUACCCUAACUUUGUGAUAAUCGGUUGCAUGUAAAAAUUUCAUCAUCAAAAAGAUCUCCUAAGAUCAACAAACCUGAAGCGAAUAAAAUUUCAAUCAGCAUUCUAUUA